AUGGCUCCCAAAGACUUCUUUCCACCUGCUCCCCUUGACCUUGACUGGGACAACAUCGGCAUCAAAGUCCGCGAGGUCAAUGGACAUGUUCAAUGUCGCUAUAAUGUUGCGACUGGAUCUUGGAGUGAGCCCGAAGUGGUCAAGGGCAUUGACCUGACCAUCAGCGGACUCUCUCCUGCUCUCAACUACGGCCAGCAAGCAUACGAGGGAAUGAAAGCCUUUCGCGACCCGCAGGGGCAGAUCCGCAUCUUCCGCCCGGAAGUGCACGCUGCGCGCAUGGCCCAUUCCUGUGAGGUCGUCUCCAUCCCCCCUAUUCCCCAGGAGCAUUUCACUCGGUCGGUCGCAUUGGCCGUGUCGGUCAACGCCGAGUUCGUGCCUCCCUUUGACAGCAGCGCUGCCCUCUACAUCCGACCGCUGGUGUUGGGCUCCGGCCCUCAGAUCAAUCUGGCCCAGCCUGAAGAGUACACAUUCUGUGUUUUCGUCCUUCCCGUCACCAGUCUUCUCGGCACCAAGCCCGUGGAUGCUUUGAUCAUGGAGGAGUUUGAUCGGACAGCUCCAAUGGGCACGGGAAAUGCCAAGGUCGGUGGGAACUAUGCUCCUGUUCUGCGGUGGGCUGCCAAAGCGCGCGCCAAGGGGUAUGGGAUUCCGCUGCACCUCGACAGCAAGACGCGCACCGAGAUCGAUGAGUUCUCGGCGGCGGGCUUCAUCGGGGUUAGAAAUGAUGAGGGACAGACCACCCUGGUGGUCCCGGAUAGUUCGUGUAUCAUCCAGAGCGUCACCAGCGACAGCUGCGUCCAGCUCGCCCGAUCGUAUGGCUGGUCGGUUGAGGUCCGGCCGAUCAAAUACACCGAGUUGCCCGAAUUCUCGGAAGUCUUGGCUGUAGGAACGGCGGCAGUGCUCGUGCCCAUCGGAUCAAUAACCCGCGACUCGCUCCAGGAUCUGAUCGUCUAUAAGCCCUCGGAGGAUGGAGGCUACCCGUGUGCAGACAGACUCUUCAAGUCGAUCAAGGAGAUUCAGAGGGGGUUGGGCAAGGAUGUUUUUGAUUGGUGUGUGCCGGUGCAUGAGCCAGCUGCGUACUUCCCAUCUGUCUCCGACCGAGAAGCCGCCGCACUGGCCUGAUCACUUGUGCUAUACCCAAUGUUUU